GCUAGUUUUAACGCGACGCGCUCCUGACUGAUUGAAACGGCGACAGAUACCGCUCCGGCAGCCGUGAUUCCACAAUCUUCGCUUAUCGCUCUGGACAGCAGCCGAGCUCGCGUGCUCUGCGGUACGGGCAGUUUUUUGUUGGAGCCGACGCAGCUGUUGCUAUAGCAACCCUCGACCUCGGUUGGACUCGACCUUCUGAUGCACCCGACGCUGGUGGGGAUCCUGCUGGUGCUCGGGUACUACUGCCUCCAGGAGUACGUUGCCAGCGAUGCCUCGGAAGAGUUUAAGGAUGGGCGGCUGUUUUCGGGAGAACUCAAGAUGGCCAGCGACAUCCGGUCCAGGCUGGGCAACGGGUCUGCCUGGAAGAGGACCCACCAGGACCUGUACGUGUGCACGGCAUACCUGGACGACAGGACCAGGCCGGCGCUGGUUCGCUUCGUGGGCGUCGCCAACGCGUCGGGUCACGGCUACAGUGCCCGGCGGAGGUUCUACCCGUCUUUCGAGUGCGUCUUCGCUUACAGGAACAAGACUACACUGGAGACCUCUCAAGCCUCCUGGAACGUUCUGGGCGAACUCGGCAACGAGAACAUGGAGUCCGUCCUGGUGACCUGUCCCUUACAAGGCAUCGAGCCGCUGCCCGACCUGACGUCGCUUGUCUACUACAACAGCGACCCGGUCGUCUAUUUCACCCUGCGUCGCCUGCGCUGGAACGUGCGCAAAGUGCCUUUCUCUGUCGGACUCUGCGUGCCGCCCUCAGGCGCGACCUGGAGCGACGUCCGAGCCGUCGCCGAGUUUGUGGCUUACUACGGCGUCCUGGGAGUCCGACAGUUCUACUUCUACGUGUACGCGGCCACGCCCGAAGUGCUCGACUUCUUGCUGGACUUGAAGAACCGUCUCCACCUCAACAUCUCCUUUAGAAUCUGGAGAGGCCUGCCCACGUCCAGAAUUUCAGAGGUGGCAGACGGUGCGUUCAUCAACGACUGCAUCUUGCGCUACGUGCCGACGUCGACCGAGUACGUGCUGACGGCCUCCCUGAACGAGUUCGUGUCCCUUCGCCGAGUGGCCACCCUUCAGGAUUUGGUGGCCACGGCGCCAAAGGCGACCGCCCUGACUUUCCUCAGCUACCCGUUCUACGGACAGCGUCCGUCGGCGACCGAGUUGAUCACGCAGACCAACGUGCUGCGGAGCUCUCUGGUCGAGCCUCCAGGACUUACGUCCAGAGUCCUCGUCAAGGCGCGUCUGGUCAUGGAGGCCGGCUCCCGAGUCGCCUUCAGCCUGCACGAUGCGCAGCGCCACUUGUUCGACCCCGAAGAGGCGUGCCUACAUCGUUACGACCUGGUCGUGAACACAAGGGCCACAUCGACGGAAGUCGAGAACACCGAGUUGGACAGUCACAUGCGCAAGUUGGGGCCGAAGCUGUACAGUUCGCCCGUCUGGCAAUUUUGGCUGAAUAGGCAGCAACCGAGGCCCACUCCCCUGAGUCUGCUGGGCGGCCGGCGAUGACGAACCGCUUUGAAGACCCCGUCUGUCUUUCCAGACUAUAGGAACCAACGCCCGAUGUAGAUAGCAAAGCCACAGUGCUGAACCAUAGCCUCCUAUAUAUUGACAAAGCCUGGCAGAUCGCCGCGACAAGAGGCCGCCGAAAUGGGAAAGGUGGAGCGGCAGACGACGGAUAAGAGGAGAGCCGGAUGAAGGGCGCCCCGCUGCGGCGAGACGCCGAAACACACUUCUCCUGAGUGAACAAGUGUGUUUCGGGUCUUCGCCGCUGCAAAAGCUGUGCGCUGACGUUUAGGUUCCCCGAGAAAUGGUUCUUUGAUGCUCUGUGCUACCAGCUCCUCGCGCUCCAAAUCUGCGACCGGGUACUCUAUAGCGCCGCCGUCGAACUGCCAGGCUUUGUGAGUAUAGAGGGGGCCAUGGAAUUCAAACUUUCGGCAUCAUCUAAAGACAGGUUGGACACGAGUACUGCGUCAGCGUAGAAACACGAGUUCCAGCCGAAGGCUGACGAAGCACUCGUGCGCAGCCUCUGUCCCGCGCUAGCUUUCUUUUAGGCGACGCCGAAAAAAAUUCAGUGUUGUGGCUCUCUUAUUCAGGGGCGCUAAAAUCAUUAAACACAAGGUCGCAGCCGAAGUUUACGAAACACGCCGAUUAUACUCUUUUUUUUUUUUUCGCCGAAGUCCGAUUGAGGCAUUUCGCGAACUUUCGGCUCCAAAUUUCUAUUUGGCGAGUCUAGCAGAGCCGCUGCUUCUCAAACGCACUUGCAUUAUGGUGCCUGGAACGCGUCUCCAACUUGAGUUUUUGGCGUCUUAUCCCGCUCACGCAUCAAAAGUUGUCCCGAAAUGGAGACAAAUGACGUCAAAAAAAAAAAAAAAAAAGAAACGAAGUGUCACGUUGUCGAUUGUCGCGAACCUGGCGGUUGGUCGUAGAAGUGCUGUCGAAGAGCACAACCGGACGCGAGUUUCGCUGUCGUCGCGGGGUUCCAACUCCUGACUGCCGAAGCUUCGGUGGGCUGUCAAGCUGGAAAGCGACCUGCAGCAGAACAGGCGUCUGCCACAUCCACCAUCGCUUGCUGUGACGCCGCCAGGAUCGCGGCCGGCGACACCGUGACACUUCUAUGACGUCAUCGGGUGGAAAUCCAGAGAGCACCGUUUUUGGACGCGGUAAACACACCAGCCGGAUACGCGUUCCAGGCACCAUACCUGUACCAGGGGCCUCCUAGAUGACAAGGUCAUAGUGCUGAAUUUUCAACGCCACCUACGAUGAAAACUGGCGAUGAAAAGAAUUCAUCACUACUGCCUUGUUGCCUCGUGAGGUGUUGCUUGCAUGCAGUCUGUGCUGGAAGGAUUUAGACCAGAGGAUAACUCUUGAUUUGGAGCGCACGGGGGUUUUGGACAGUCGUGACAAAAGAAAUUCACUAUUUGGCGGGAAGCGAGGACUUUUGGGAUUUAUUGGAGCUUCCACCAAACGCAAGUAUUGUGUUUCCAGCAUUUGCCCGCAAAUGCCCGCGUUUUAACAUAAACUAUUAUUCUUUAUCGUAUAAUGUCUUGUUUUUUUAUUAUGUAAUAUUUUAAUUGACCACUUUUCUUAAUUGAGCGAGUGAAAAAAUUGCGAGCAGAUCUGCCACAGCUGUGUAUAACUGGGCUCCUGGAUUCCGGUGUUUAUGACGAACAAUUCUACGAUGAAGAUUGUCAUCUAAAUCACUGAGAUAACCUCUGCGUAUAUUGGAAUUUCCGGCUAAAUAUUCCUAUAGCGAACAGUGACGAGAGAAAAAAAAAAUCAAUAAUUCAGCUGAGCACAAAGGCAAGAUAAAUUGCGCGUGUGAUUUUCAACGACGCGCACUCCUUCGUUUGGUGUAUCCCCGAGUUUUCUGGAUUACCUGUCUUCAGAACUUAUACAGAAGUCACCUGGAAAUGUGCAGUUGUUUGUAAAUCAAACCGUCAUAGGCAGAAUCGGGUUUAUGAGGAACGCAGCGGACGGCGAUCUCAUUAUACUCCGUGUCACCAGUUGCGUGCAGUGUAUACGAAGGCAACAGGCGAGGGGAGAAAGG